CUUUCCUUUUCCUCAAUAAGCCAGUUUGCUAUAGCGAGAGCAGCCAUCUUACCAGGUUCUCGUGUGUGUUGUGUCCCCCUUUUCUUUUCUUUCUUUUUUUUUUAUUUAUUUUCCAUUCAUUUCAAUUUUGUGAAGGAAAAUAAUUCAAAUAUCCAUUUUUUUUUUAUAUAAUUGUAUUCAGUCUCAACGAAUAAUUUUCCCAUUUUAAAUAGACGUAAAUUUUUGAAAAUUGUGCUAAAAGGAUUUUUAAAAAAGAAUGUGAAGAAUAACGUUUGGAUUUACCCCGGCUGACCCUACACGGAGAGAAAUAGAUGAUUCCUUUGGUGGAAGUGAGAAAAUAAAAAAAAAAAAAAAGAAGAAAUGGGUGCAAAAGUUGAAUACGUCGAAUCAUCGCACAUGUAUGCGACAAAUUACAUUCGUAAUUCAAAAGCAAUUGGUGUAUUGUGGGGAAUUUUUACAAUAUGCUACGCGAUAAUUGGUACAGUCGCAUUUAUCACACCCGAAUGGUUAGGUGAUUUGGAACAUGAGAAUCCGGGAAAAUUUGGCCUUUGGUCCCGAUGUAGCUUUGGCGGAAAUGGAGAAUUAGUGGAAGGAUGCAUUGGACGUUUGGAUGAUUUUUCGACAAUUGCCAAUGUUCCAUUUAAAGCGAGUACAAUACUUGUUGGUUUGGCAGUAAUAAUUGCAAUUUUGUCAAUUUGUGCCAUGCUUCUAUUUUUCUUUUGUCACAGCACAACUGUCUAUUAUAUUUGUGCUUGGAUGCAAGUUACGUCAGCAAUUUGCAUGGCUGUUGGCGUUUGUGUUUAUCCACUUGGUUGGGAUUCCCCUUUAAUUCGAGCAGUUUGCGGAGCAUCUGCCUCAAGAUAUAAUCCAGGAGCAUGUGCAAUCAGAUGGGCAAUUCCAUUGGCAGGAAUUGCGGCUAUGGAUGCAAUAACAUUAGCGGCUCUCGCUUUUAUUUUAGCAUCGAGACACGUCAGACUACAGGCGGAACCAUUUAAUAAUGGAUCCUUAUAUAAAGGUGAAGUUAAUCCAGCCUAUGUAAAUGAAGCGCAAAGUGUCGCUGGCUCAAGAAAAUCACUAUCAUUAAGGCCAGUACUUUUGGUAGCGCCACCUGAACAGGACAGGUAUUCAGAAAUUUCCCGAGCAAAAUCACAUUCCCAUCAUAGUCUCUACGCAGCAUCACCUGGACAUCCAGUUCAUACAUUAUCAACAAACACUUUAAAUCGUUCACAACACAAUUUCCAAUUCUAGAAAAUCGUGGAGGGGGGGGGCGAAAGAGAAAGAAAAAAAAUGAAAUUUCGAAAUAAAAAUUCGAAGGCCAUAAUUUAUGUUUUCAAACUAGGAGAUCAAAUCAAAUUUUCUUUUUUCCUUACGCAGUGUGCAAUUGUUGCCAUUUCUUUAAACGUAUUUAAUUUGUCCUCAUUUUUUUUUACAUUAUAAUUAGUAAUUUUUUUUUUUUUAAUUAAUUUUCAAUUAGUCAUUUUUGCAAAUUCAGUUCAGAUAAAAAGAAAAGUUUUUUUUUAUUUUUGCAAAAUGACAAAUAAAUAUAUUGUAAUUUUGUCUUUAAAAAAUAAUUUAAAAAUUAGUAUAGUAAAUAAAUUAGAAUUAUCAAUUUUUUUUUUCAUCUAAAAAUGAGAAAUUCGGGUUUUUUUUUUAAUGAAAAAAACGAUAAUUGUUAUAAUUUUAAAUUAGUGAAUUUUUUGUAGAAAAUUACACUUGUAAUUUUCACAAAAAAGCGAGAGAUUAUUACGUUCAUU